AUGCCGGGCGACGUGACAGGAGGGCAGCUGCGCUACCUUUGGAAGCAAACAUCCGGCGCAAACCCGUCUGCCGCCCCGACGACCCUUCAGUACGACGACUCCGGCGCUCCGAUUCGGCCCAACAUCCUUCGCAUUCGCGACGCCGCCACGAGGACGAGCCUGGUGAGGCAGUACCUCAUCGCGAGCGGCCAUCCCGAGGCGGCCGACAUGGCAGGCGACGCGAGUCGGGGGGCGCUGCACAACCUGUGGAGGCGGACCUCCGCCGCACGCCAGUCACGGCUUCGCCACCGCGACGAGGGGCGCCAGCGCAGCGCUGUGCGGCGCGAGCAGGAUCGAGAUCGACCGUCCGGAUACCUCAAGGCGCGCAAUAGCACGGCGCGGCCCGUCCGGGAGGGCGAAACUCCGGUUCCGGCUGCGGGCGCCAAGGCGAUGCUCAGGUACGACCCCAAGGCGCACGAGGCCGCUGCGUACGUCGAUCUUGGCAGCCUCACGCCCGAUGACCCCGCCGACUGGCGUGUCUGCACGUACUGCAAAGCCUUGCUAUGGCCGGACGAGGCGCUUCGCGUCCCGCCCGCCAAGGACGAGGGCGGCACGGGCUGGCGCGGCACGCUCUGCUGCGGCAAAGGGGCGGUGCGUCUCGAUCCGGUGCAGCGCUCGGCGGCGCUCGACGAGCUGUGGAAAGACGAUCGCAACGCCAAGGACCUUUGCCACCACGCGCGGAUCGCCACCGGGCCCGAGCGUGCGCGUUCUCAGUACAAAAAGACCGGGUUUACCUCUCAAAACGUGCUGAACAACGGGCUCGCGCUCGCCUCUCAGAAGGUUCAGACGCCAGACAAUCGGCCUGGCCGGUCGGGUUAUAUGCCGUCUGUUGCGAUCCAGGGCAAGCUCUACCACAAGAUUGGGCCGCUCGAGCCUUACCCGGACAACCCGCAAUGGCCCAGAAGCUUUGCGCAGCUCUACGUGCACGACCCGGCGCUCGACGAGGCCUCCGCAAACGACGACGAGUUCCAGGCGCGUGCUGGCAAUCUCAAAUGGCCGAGUAACACCAGCAGGCUCGAGAAGGAUCGCGUUCUGGCUCUUCUCCGUUCGUUGCAGACGAUGAUGCGAACUGAGAACCUCUGA